UGAUGCUUUGACAUUGAGGCGAGCAAACACACCUUGCUGUGGUCAUUGUGCUAAAUAAUAAAAGGGGCCCAUCAUGGUGUCAGGAAAGCGUCUGGCCGAUAUUGGCUACAAGGCCUUUUCUGCUUCAAUGAUGCUGCUGACGGCCUACGGAGGCUACUUGUGUGCGAUGCGAGGAUACCGCUACUGGGAGAGGCAGAAACAGCUGAAACUGGCUGCAGAGAACCAGGAUUCUGAGGUCAUUAAAGAUUGAUGUGACAGGGACUCCCGUUCCUUUGGUUCAAAAUGUAAAAUAAGGGCAAAAGACCUGAUCAAAUCGAUUUGGGGCCUGUGACAUCUGUAAUGGCCGAGGAUUGUGAGUGAUGGUGGCUGUUAUUUGUUU